AGCUCUUCAUGGGUGCUCAGCAGCAGCAAUGGUCAUCAACAGCAACUCCUAGGCGGUGUGUGUGUGCGUAUCGACUGUUGACAGGAUGGACUUAGGUUUGGCGUGGCAGCCAUGAUGGGCUCGGACAAAUAGAGUGUCCUGCUGGCAAAGUCUGCAUCACCCGUCCAGCGAUCAAGAGGAUGACACUGAUGCAGCCAUGAGGGACACGUCACCGGCACUCGAGGUCCGAUCGGACACGGACGAUGCCUCUCAAGCUUGGUCCCCAAUUCUAUCGUGCUCUCUACCGGCCCUCCUCCCUCUCAGACCACUUUCUCGCUACUCUCGCCUCCUUACCACUGCUACCUGCUAGUACUGCCGCCCCUCUUGGUCAAAGCUUGCACCCAUUCCGUCUUCUUGCACCUGUCUUGCUCAGGCCAGGGCCAUGCCCUUCCAAGCUGAUCAGCGGUUCCCGCUUCGACAGCGUCACCAAUCUUGCGUCUUGCCGUGCGAACAAGCGUCCUUGAUGGCCAGACGCUCAAUCGACGACGCGACGGACAGCCAACCGAGCUCCAAGCCCACUUCAGAUGCACCACAGUGGCCAUUCAAGUACAAUCAAGGCAUUCUUGCAGGAAUAGGUGUCUCUUCUGCACUCAGUGUACUGCUUAUCAUAGGACUCUGCGUCUUCGUCUGUCGCAAGAUCCGCCGCCGACGCGAGAGGCAGCGACUAGCCUCAUCAAGCGUCUUGCCAAUCUAUGCUACUUCGGAGAAGGUCGAACAGCACAUAGCUAGAUGCGAUGGACCUCGUCGUGCAUCACGAUUUCUGAAUUGGCCAGCAUGCCCUUUGCUCUGCUGGAAUCUUCGCUACCGCUUCCGAAGCCAUGCAUGCUCGCAGGCUCAGACUCAGGGGGAGCUCUUCUCGUCGCUUAGCCAAGAGGAGCGAGGCCCAGAGGCUGCCAUAAUACAAGCUCAUACCUUCAAGUUGCCGGAGCUGAGUCACCGCAUCCCCAGCUGUGAUGGUGAAGAAGACGGCACGGAAGGCCUGGGCGACUCGUUCAGCUUUGAUACUAUCCCGACACCUCUGACUGUCGAAUUUGCCCUCCCUCCCGGCGCCAACGUCCCCGUCUCUUCACCACCCGAGCCCUGCAUCCUACAAGACGCAUCUGCAGAGAUUCCUUUCCCACCAGCUUGCGAGACGACUUGCUCUGGCCGAUCGGAUACUACACCUCUGUCAGAGGAUCAUUUGCCGCCGCGAGCGUCCCUAGCGUCAGAUGUCGAUCCUUCCUUCAUCGGCGGCAACGCUUCAAAGUGGGACACUAUGCCCAUUCCUGGACCACAUCUCCGACCACCUUCCGCUCUUGGUACCUUUCCCUGGCAUAUCAGGUCGCCUCGUCCCACUCUUGCUCACCCUUUACCUCAGCUCAAGGGGCAUAGCCGCCAGCAGACUCUGCCAGAGUCGCCAGAGAUCGAGCCACCCAACGACGACGAAGGCAAUCCACCUCCCAGCACAGAAGACAUUGCGCGACCCGACGCAGUCUACUCCAAGUGGCAGCGUCUGACGCAGAGGACAGACCGUAGCAGUACGGUUCAAGAGCGAAGGACUUCAAGGAGGCGAAGCUGGUCCUGGUGGGAGCGAGGCUCACCUCUGCGAGUGUACAGCUCAGAAGCCCCUCUGUCUCUCUUCCGGGGUCAAUCUGGCGACGAGAACUCUCAAGCCGCCCCACAUCCCCCAACAUCAAUCUUGCAGUCAGCGACAGUUGGAGCACAGACGAUGGUUCAGUCCUCCCGAGUCCAUUUUCACUCCGAGGUAGUCCGCGAGAGCCUCACCAUCGAAGCUCGCGAGGCACCCCGAGCCGAAGCACCCAAAAGUCCAUACGUCUUCUGGCGCGAUGAAGACGGUGACGUCUCGAUCCCGAUCGAGCUUGCGACCGAUGGCCGUACUCGAAGCUCCUCUAUCGGAUCCAAAUUCGUCGAGCAAUUCAAUGACUCUGCUUCUGCUGGUGGCAUGCAGGGCAUCGGCGAGCUCGUCAGGAAUUCGAGCGUGCGCUCUGGCAGGAGGGCUUCAGUUGGAAGUUUGGUAAGCCCGGGCCAGGAGGAAGUGAUCGAUGGGCCUCAGGCUGGGGAUUGGCUCGAAGCCGUUAGCCGUAUGGGAUGCUCUGAGACUGGCCAUGGCCGCCCAGCCCGAGUACAAGCCGAGGAUGUCCCAGAUAAAGGCGUGGUGGCGUCUGCCGGUAAGGCAGUACACGAGGCCGCCCCCUAGUCUGAGCCCGGCCGAGGCUCUCCACAGCAGGGCCGUCAGGCGCUGAUAAAUCACGCUUCUCGAAGCUAUUGAAAGCUUCUCACCAUCACAAUUAUGAUCUCUAUACCCUCUUCACGUUGACAAAAUACCAAUGGACCCCACGUAAGCUGCUAAUCAAUUCUCGAAUCUCUCUUCUCCUUGUCUACUGGCCUGGCGCCAUACGCUCUUCAACUUCUUCGGCUCCCCUUCCCUUAUCACCUUCACCUUCGCGAUCGAUUCUUCAGACCUGCGUACCUGUAACCCCUUACUCUACUCGUCACCCUUGUUCUCAUUCCGUCUCUUAUACCUGUACGUUCACUUUUGGAAGGAGCUGUAAUGCGAAUGGUACAGUAGUCACAC